CCCCCAUUUAUAUUCACCCCCCAUAACCAAAAUCAAACAACCUCAAACCACACAAACACACACACCUCUUCUUCCCCUUCUCUCUCUCUCUCUCUCUCUCUCUAAACCAAUAAUUCAUAUUCACUCAAAAAAUUAAAACACCAUGCAACAAGCAAUUCCUUAUAGGUCAUGGCAACCUCUCAUCACACACACCUCCACCACCACCACCACUCACUUCACAAUUAGCCCACACACAUUAACCUAUUCGACAGUGUCUCCAACAGGAUUAUCUCCGAAAGACAAUAUCGGUUUGGAACCGAAUAACAACAAUAAUGGUAAUAGUCAUUUCUUCAUUUCCUCCAAAAUGGUACCCAACAUGGUGUUAGAAAACGCGAUUAUAGUCUUUGCUAGCCGCGGGUGUUGCAUGAGCCAUGUUGUGAAGCGAUUGCUAUUGGGUCUUGGGGCCAACCCUGCGGUGCACGAGGUGGAGGAGAGUGAUGAAGUGGGUGUUGUUAGAGAAUUGGAAGCAAUUGUGGGUGCCAAUAAUGGAGGGAAUAAGAUGCAAUUUCCAGCGGUUUUUAUUGGUGGCAAAUUAUUUGGGGGAUUGGAUCGGGUUAUGGCUACUCAUAUUUCUGGGGAAUUGAUUCCAAUUCUCAAAGAAGCAGGGGCACUAUGGCUUUAACUCUCUUUUUUUUCCCCUUAGAUUAAUUUUUCCAUUUUCGUUCUUGGUUUUCUUAUUGUAUUAUAUACUAUUAUUUGUUAUUUACGUGUUAAUUUCCUUCUCCCUGGGAGGCUGUAGAGAAAAAAAAUUGAAUGUAAUAAAAAAUUAUUUUCGAUGUGUUCUGACAUGGAUGCAAAAUUUGAUGAUGUGGGAAUAGAAAAUUUUCUGGAGUUGCAGA